CUAGAGAAAACAGUUUCGUGGAAAAUGUACGAGAUAAACCUGACUGUGGCCAAAGUUUGAGCAGCGAGCAUGGGAUUGUUGAUAAGAAGUUGAGCAUGUUGUUUGGUCUAUAGCCAGGAUAACUUGGAUCAAAAGAGUUUCCCAACGUUAUUAGUACCAAACCAAUAACAAACAUGAGCGAGUGCGACAAGAUGGUGUCUCAACUCUUCAAGGACUUCUGGUCUUGGCGUUUGUUAAGAACGCCCGAAUUUGCGUCUUUGGCUGGUCAGAGUCAAUUCAACGGGAAGUUUGAAGAUUACUCCCUAAAAAGAUUUGAUGAAGAUCUCCAAACCUGUCAAGAUUUCAUGGCGCGUUUGGACCAACUUCAAUCCCAAUCCCAAGAGGACUUGAGCGACCACAAGAAGCUCAAUCUGCGAUUCCUCAAGGCCGAGUUGGAGACCUUCAUAACUGGAUACCAGUUCAAAGGGUUUUACUUCCCGAUCUGUUAUCUGGAAGGGGUCCACAUUGACUUUGAGCGACUCUCCGGAUGGAUGACCCUUCAAUCCGAGCAAGAUUACCUUGACCUAAUCCAACGCUAUGAGAGUUUUCCUCAACAAGCUAAUGGAAUCUUGGAGGUGCUCAAGAGAGCCGUGAGCGAGCACAUGGUGUUCCAUGCCAUCUCAAUUAAAGGUGUGGUUGAAACGUUCAAGAAGCAUACAGAGCCCAAACCCAAGGACACUGUUUUCUGGGAGCCCUUCCAGGCUAUUUCUGCCUUGUCUGAGCCCAAGGUGUCCGAGAUUCGGGCGAAGGCGGAAAAGGCCAUUUUAGAGUGCAUGCAACCGGCCAUGUUGAGACUCCAAAACUUCAUUCAAAACGAGUACAAGACUCGGGAAGAGAUCGCAGCCACCUCGUUGCCCAAUGGAAUGGAAUUCUAUCGACAAUGCAUUAAAUUCCACACUUCUACAGAUUUGACCGCCCAAGAGAUCCAUGAUAUCGGAUUGAAGGAAGUGGACCGGAUCGAGACCGAAAUGAAAAAGAUCGCGGUCGACUUGUCCAAGAGUUCGAAUGUAUCCUUAAAAGACUUUAUGAACAACUUGAGAGACGAUCCCAGCAUGUACUACAACUCGAAAGAAGAAGUCCUCGAGGGCUUCAAAGAUAUCGUGGUUAACCGAAUUAAUCCCCGUUUGACGUCCAUUUUUAAGAAGAAACCCGAAUUGGAUGUGGAGAUUGUUCCCGCUCCGCAAGCGGAAUCUCCAGCCGCAUUCUAUAUCAGUGGAACUCCGGAUGGAGCCCGACCCGGAAAAUUCUUUGUGAAUGUAUUGAAGUUCAAAUCACAACCCAAGUACGAUAUGAUGACUUUGGCCCUGCACGAAUCCAAUCCCGGCCAUCACCUUCAAGGCUCUUAUCUCUUGACCUCGGAUGGCAUCCCUGAAUUUCGGACGAUCAUGGAAGAUCGCAGCUAUUUCAUGGCCCCGUCACGAUUUCCAAUCAACACCGCUUACGGUGAAGGUUGGGGGCUUUACUCUGAGAGCCUUGGGUUUGACCUGAAUCUCUAUGAUGAUCCUCUGGAUAGGUUUGGACACUAUUCCGCCGAGAUCUUUCGGGCUUGUCGUUUGGUGGUGGAUACCGGCCUUCAUGCCUUUGGUUGGACACGCCAACAAGCGAUCGACUUCAUGAUGGAACAUUCCGCCAGCUCCGUGGGACACACGGAGGCCGAAAUUGAUCGCUACAUAACCUGGCCGGGUCAGGCCUUGGGGUACAAGAUUGGCGAAAUCAAGAUUAAGCAACUCCGAAAGAAGGCUGAACAGGCCUUGGGAGCCAAAUUCGACCUAAAGGAGUUCCACGAAGUGACCUUAAAGUCUGCCGGUCCGUUGGAGGUUCUCGAGGAACAAGUGGAUAAGUUCAUUGCCAAUGCCUAAAAAAUCGAGCAUGGGUUGCCUCAAAUAAGGGAGCCUGAAAAAUGCAAAGAUAUUUCUGAUACGUGGAACAAUGGAAACAUUGUUUCUUCAAUAAAGAGCCUGAGGGACUAAAUGUCAA